AUGCCGCAUUGUAGCAAGAAGUUCAAGACCCAAGGCUUCAAGAAGCACGAAGCAAGCUGCAAGAAGCAGAAGGACACCAAGGCAGAACGAGCAGAGUUUGCCCUUCAAUAUGCACGAGAUCAGAGGAGAGCUCGGCAGCAGGCUUACACUGACAUGGGCAUGAUAACGCCCAGCGCUGGCCCAUCGCGAUCAGUCGCUGGGAUUCAGAACGCGCCCCCUGCGAUCAAAGAUCAUGGUCCUCUAGAUAACCCAAACGCUGGUGAUUUCGAAGCUUACGAUGGCAACUUCGAAGGUGCUGGUAGCCUAGCCAACAGCCAGCGAGGUUCUGUUGAACCGCAACCUGCAAUACCUCCUCCACAACCCAUUGAAUUCAAAACGGUCUAUCAUCCUUCUGCUCGUCGUGAACCGCUCCUUCAAACAUUUGAGGAGUUUGGCGUCAAUACACGCCCUGAGGAAGAGCUUCCCGUAGAUGAAGAGCCCUGGCGUCCUUUCUGUUCCCGUGGUGACUUCGAGUUUGCGGAGAUCGCACUCAAUGCCGCCCUCAACAAGUCACACAUUGACGGGCUCCUUGCGCUUAUUGGCCGCAUAUCGAGAGGGGAGAGCCGAGUCACUUUUAAAAAUGACAUUGAGCUGCGCAAAGCUUGGGAACACGCAACGGCUCAGGUGACGCCGUUUGUAAAACACGACAUCACCGUUCCUUAUAAGAAAGAACAACGAGUAUAUGAGACCCACGCGCUGCCUCUGUGGGACUGGGCCCUUGAUUUGCUAGCUAAUCCGCUGCUUGCUCCGCAUUUUGUCUGGGACGCACAACAAGUUUUCAAGCAUAACGGCAGGGAGUUUGAACGCUUUUACAACGAGCCGUGGACGGGUGAUCGAUGGUGGGACAUACAGGCAUUUGGCAUACGAAACGGAGAGGGUAUUGGUGGUGGCCGUGUUGUCGGGUGGUUGCCAAUCUUGCAGGUAUCUGAAGAUGCAGACGAAGAAGGCAAGCCAGGGUUCGUAAACCUCAAGCGCGUCGUAUGGCACGAGGCAUUCUUAAAGCUGUUGGAACUGGUCGCAAUACUCAAAAUCGCGCGCUGGCUGUUUCCCAUUAUUCUGAUACUAUCUGCUGAUUAUGAAGAACAAUGCAUGAUGUCUCUCAUUCGCGGCCACCAUAGCAAAUGUCCCUGUCCGGUAUGUCUUGUACCACUCGAGGAACUUAGCGAGCUAUCAAAGACGUUUGCAUUUAGAUCAGUGGAAGAAGCAAUAGCCGCACUCAAUGUUUACAAGGUCAGCAAAGCUCGAGGCGAGGAACUUCUCAAGGCAUUAGGAUUGCGCGCUGUCACGGUUCAAGCAGAAAUGUUUUUCUGGCUCAUUUCCCACUCUGAUCCUCAUCAAGCCAUCAGUUUUGACCGCCUUCAUGCCCUCCAUCUUGGCAUGUGGAGGCACCUACUCGAGGAGUUGAAGAAAAUCCUCAAAGCACUUGGACGUGAUGAAGAGUCAAAGGUUGAGAACAGGUUGCUAGUUCCCCUCGAUGGCGCAAUCUUAAUCAUUUCAGCACCGUCAUCCCCAUUACCUUCAGUGAUGGUACAAGAUGCAAGAUCUAUCCAAGCAAUCUUUUAUUCUGUGGUAAACGUCUUCAACCAGAGGACGAGCCCAGAAGGGUACAAACUUCUCCACGUUAUUAGCAGCUAUCUGCAAUUGGACAGCUAUAUCGGUCUCGACGUGCAUUACAUCAAGCACGCUGGCAGCAAUGAUGCUGAACUACUCGUUUUUGAUAGCGCACUCAAGACUACAUCGAAGGCGCUCCUCAAUUCUCCCAUCGAGGGUCUUAAGCUUGACUGGACUUCCAAAGGCGCAUCUCUGGAGCACGCAACUAGGGACAUCCGAAUGAAGGGUGUAGUACGCAACUCACAGCACCCGUCCGAAUGA